UGAAGUCCAGGGCCUGGGGCUUUCUCAGCGGCCUUGUCAGCUUGCAGCAGAAGUGAACAGCCUCGAGUUGAGGAAAUUGUGGCUGGACAGGCCGCCAGGCAGUUCUGCUCCCCUGCUACCUCCUGCUGACUGGUGGUUGCUGAGCUUGUGCGCUGCGGGGCAGAGAGUGAUGGGGAACAGGGGUCACCAGAGCACCCCAACCCUGUGCUGUGGGAUAUUGAAGAGAGCGGUCACCCUCCUGUUCCUUCUCCUCGAGGGGUAUCAGGGACAAGUUCUCCACCCCAUCAGGAUCCUGGACAAGUGUGCACAGUUGGUUUUCACUGAUGGAGCUUGUGAUUCCCCAGGUUCCACUGAUGUGGUUCACCUCACAGGAGAGGCUCUCCGAUUACGGCCCUGCAACCUACAGAUGGCUGACUCGGUCCAAUGGAAGGUGAAGCUGCACUCACCGCCAGGAUCAGAGUAUCAUGAGAUACUGACUUGGAAAAAUUUAUCCAGUGUCAACUCUACACCUUCUCCAAUUUUGGAUAGUUACAAAAACAGAGUCAGUUUUAUAGUUAAGGACUUGGCUCUUCUCAUAAGAUCACCUCAGCAGAAUGAUAGUGGCCUUUACUGUGUGGAGGUCACCGGAGAGACUGGAACAGUUUCAAGAGCUGCAUUUCGGGUUUUUGUAUUUGAUCAAGUUAAAAAACCCUGCCUUCUCGGGUGGGGGAAGGUCCUGGAUAGAGAGAAGUGCCAAGUGGCUCUGUCCUGCUCGGUCUCCAAUAAUGUUAAUGUGAGCUAUGCUUGGUAUAGAGGGAGCCAGCUGAUCCAGAGGUCAAGGAACCUUACCCACCUGGAGGAGCAGGUGAAUGUCAGUGGUGACUUCGUGUAUACCUGCAAUGUCAGCAACCCUGUCAGCUGGAACACCUCCACCAUCAACGUCACACGUGACUGCCAGAGUGGUCCUGAGGGGUCCAGAUUUCUGAUCUUCCUGGUGACCAUUGUGAUUCUGACCACACUGUUCCUUGGUGCACUCACCUUCUUCUAUGUGUGGAGGAGGAGGAAGCAGUCGGAGCCUAGCUCCAAGGAAAUUCUGACAGUUUAUGAAGACAUCAAGGACCUGCGAACUGGGAGAAAUCAAGAGUCAAGGCUGGAACCAGAGCCGGAGCAGGAGCAGGAGCAGGAUUCCCCUGGAGACAAGAAUACCAUCUACUCCAUGAUCCAGCCCCAGGUACCACUCUGGCUUCUAUAA